CUCUCUCUCUCUCUCUGAAAACCCUUCAUCAAUUUUCUUUCUCCUUGUUCCUUUUCAAAAAAAAAUUUCUUUCUCCUUGUUCCUGCUGCCAUAUAUCUAGAAUGGGGAACUGCAUGAUGAUGGAAAGCUCCAGAGUUGUUGAAGCCGCAGAAGACGAGAAAUUACAUGAUGGGUCGCCAAGGACGAAAGCUCAAGAAAUGGAAAAGAAGAGGUCAGCUGCAGUCGCACCUAGUGCCCCUCACGCAGGAGGAGGAGACAAGCUGAAUGUUCAUGGCCAUGGCCCUGGCCCUGGACGGGGUGAUGAUCAGUACUACAGAAGUAGUACUUCUAAAGAAGGGGUAGUGAGGAUAAGAGUGGUGAUGAGCCAGAGAGAGCUCAAUCACAUCUUGAGAACUCACAAUAUUAAGAAAUUUUCUAAUAAUAAUUAUAAUAAUAGCGAGAAGUUCUCGACGUCCGUGGACCAAUUUUUAAAUGCAUUCAAGCUGGUGAGGAGGAACAGCGGGAGGGUGGUCCAUUACGCUGAUCAUGCACUUGUUGAAACCAGCAGGGAAGAAGAAGAAUCGGCUUCAGGCUGGAGACCAAGUCUGGAAAGCAUCCCAGAGGACCAUUAAUUCAUUCAUCCAUAUGGCGCCCCCUUCUUGUACUUUUUUUCUAUAUAAUAUCUCUCUCUCUCUCUCAAUAAAUGGCUUGUAAAUUUGUAUUUGGUCAUUUGAGGGUACAUGCAUGCAUGGAUGGAUCAUGAUCAUGUCACCAUACAUACGAAUUGUUUCUGGUUAAUAUCAGCGGCUAGCUAGGUGAUUAACUAAGCUCGUUCUAGCUUGAAUUUGAUAUAUACAUAUACAUAUACAUAUAUAUAUAUUCCUGUCCCAAA